AACCAAACCAGCCUCCAACCAAUUAAAGCCAUCCAACUCAGCCAUUUCACUCCUGCCACCUUAUCCACCUUCCUCUUCGACUCUGCACCACCAAUCUUUCUCUUCCCGAAUCUAAAAACCUCUUUUCCACUUCCGCUUCUCAAAAUCCCCAUUCCUCUCUCUCUUUCUUCUUCUUCUUCUUCCUAAAACCAAAAAAAGAAAAACCACCCCCAAAACAAACACAAAUUUGCGAAAAUGUCUCUCACAAUCCCCACAAACCUUUCAAAACCACUCUUGAAGCCUAAGCUCACCUCUCCAUCAGCUCCAAAGCCGAAGCCAUUUUUGAUCCACUGCUCCUCCUCUUCCUCAUCAUCAUCGUCGUCUUCCACAGAGAAAAGCUCAGCUGCGCCGCCGCUGCAGGCAUUCUCCGCUGCACUCGCCCUCUCUUCCAUCCUCCUCUCCGCCCCACUCCCUGCCGUCGCCGACAUAUCCGGCUUGACACCCUGCAAGGAGUCGAAGCAGUUCGCCAAGCGCGAGAAGCAGCAGAUCAAGAAGCUUGAGUCGUCGCUUAAACUCUACUCGCCGGACAGUGCACCUGCGCUCGCGAUCAAGGCCACGAUCGAGAAGACGAAGAGGCGGUUCGAUAACUACGGGAAACAGGGUUUGCUUUGUGGGUCUGAUGGGCUUCCCCAUUUGAUUGUGAGCGGUGACCAGAGGCACUGGGGUGAGUUUAUCACUCCAGGGAUUUUGUUCCUCUACAUCGCGGGUUGGAUUGGGUGGGUUGGUAGGAGCUACCUGAUCGCAAUCAGAGGUGAGAAGAAGCCCACGCAGAAGGAGAUCAUCAUUGACGUGCCUUUGGCCACUAGAUUGGUGUUUAGAGGAUUUAGUUGGCCUGUGGCUGCUUACAGGGAAUUCGUUAAUGGUGAUCUUGUUGUUAAGGAUGUUUAAUUAAAAAAAAAGAGCUUUUAAUUUUAAUUAUUCGCCUUUACCUUUAAUGUAUAUUUCUUUUUUCUUUUUUUUCUUUUUUAAAAUUUGGUACAUGUAAUAUUAAUUUCAAUGUGGGAGAUUCAAUUAAAGGAUUGUUGACCGUCCUUUAUGAUGAAAUGAUUAAUGAACUGCCAUUACGAAACUAA